AUGGAGCUCUGUGAACUGCAACUAUACCCUGAAGAUGACACCUGGCCAUCGGACAUCGACACUCGUAUCGCUCAACUCGAUUUCGGGGGCGAUUCGGCACUGUUCGCCUCGAGUUCCGUCAGUACUGACUCGCUGGACUCGGAACAACUCCGGGAACGAUGCCGUCAUCGAACCGAGGACUUCCAGCUCACAUUCGCCGAUUCAGGACAUUGGCAAAGCGGCCAGCUGACCACGUGGGGACGAAUUCGUUCCACUGAACCGCUUGAUGAAACAACUGCCAGUGCACCAAACGUGGUAACCCGUCCACCUACGACGCCGUCCACUACAGCCAACAAUCAACGACCGACGAGUCUUUUGGCGAAUUUUGUCGGCCGUGAACUCGAAAAUGGUGGUGUUGGUCGUUAUGUGGACGUCAACGACAACGAGAUUCAGCUCGAAGCGGCGAGCGCCUCCACGUCUCAGGACCGCUGGAGAGCCGCCCGACCGGCGGCGUCGUCAGCACCGACGAGCGGUGGCAGUUUCGUCCGCACGUCGGCGCCGACGAAACCACGACGAACGUUCGCCGAUUUGCACAAGUCAAUCGCACCCGAGCUGCGAUUUCUCGCUCUUCCGCAUCAGAUUCCAACAUUAUGUGAGUCGUCGACGAUGUCCUUAAGUGAUGUGAUGCUGAAAGUUCAACGUGAGGGCAUGCCUCCAUUGACGUCCGACCUAGAUUUACCACUGCCAUCGUUGCUUCAGGCAAGUUCCAGAUAUUCCGGCCUUGGUUGCAGUGGACCAGCACAUAUUGAGGACUGGGCCUCGCUUUCGAUUCUGCUUCCCAAGUGA